GGGAAAGUUCCAGUCAGGAAGCAUUUGGUGGUGACACUGAGCGCCCUUUCCAGUAAGUUCUACUGGGUGCUGAUAUAAAACUCCGGGCGCAUCAACGAGUGUUCUGGAAAUCUUUUGGGGGAGAACGGAGAGUGCGAGCCGACUACAUUGCGGACAUUGCCCCGUGUCAAAACUGGGGAAAGUUUUAACGAUCGUUGGUGUCUCUCAAAUAAGCAGAUUUUUGGAUAGAUAGGCAGGUCCGUUAGGAUAGUCGUCUGUUUCGCUGACUCCGUAGUUUAUUUGAGAGGUUAACAUUGUAGCUCACAUUGUGACUACCGGCGCUGUCAUGGCUAAAUGGGGAGAAGGGGAUCCACGCUGGAUCGUGGAGGAGAGAGCUGACGCCACCAACGUCAACAACUGGCACUGGACUGAGCGGGAUGUGACCUCCUGGUCCUCAGACAAGCUGAAAGAGCUGCUCAUCGGAGUCUGCGUGGUGAGCAAGGAGGGGAGCUGCGAGAUUGUGGAAGUGAGCAAACUGGAGGGCGAGGCAUCCAUCAACAACCGCAAAGGCAAGCUUAUCUACUUCUAUGAGUGGGACGUGAAGGCCAAGUGGACAGGAACAUCAACUACUGGAAUCGUAUAUAAAGGAAACAUAGAAAUUCCCAACCUGUCUGAUGAGAAUGACAUGGAUGACAUAGAUGUCAGUGUGUCACUUUGUAAGGAUGAGCCUGACACCCCCCUGUUAACCCUGAUGAAGAAGGAUGGGGUAAACAAAAUAAGGACCGUGCUGGGGGGCUAUGUGGGAUACCUGAAAACAGAGUUCACCCAGGGCAUGAUCCUCCCCACGACCAAUGGCAUGAACAAGCAGCAGCAGCAGACACCCCAGUCCAAGGGUAACACUCAGAAUUUACAGCCAGGAGCUGUCAGCUCCACCCCUUCACCUAGCACUGGCAUAAAGAUUCCUACUUGCAAAUUCUGUCUGAAGGAAACGUUUCUCACCUCACCAGAGGAACUCUACAGAGUCUUUCUCAAUGAGGAGAUGGUGCAGGCAUUUACUCAUGGGCCAGCCAUGGUCAACGGUGACAAAGGAGGGAAAUUUCGUCUGCUGGAUGGGAAUGUCUGUGGAGAGUUCAAGGAGUUGGUUCCAGAUGAGAAGAUUGUCAUGAAAUGGCGGUUUAAGACGUGGCCUAGUGAGCACUAUGCCACUAUCACCAUAUAUCUUGUGGAGCGUGGAGGCGAGACAGAGCUGAAGCUGGAGUGCACGGGUGUGCCGGUGAACGAGGAGGACAGGACCAAAGCCGGCUGGCAGCGGUAUUACUUCGACGCCAUCAAACAGACGUUUGGCUAUGGGGCUCGACUCUACUGAAGGUGCCGCAUGGUGGAGCUCCUCCCUCUUGACCUCUGAACUGGAAACAAAACGGAACAGAAAACGGAAGCGUGUUUGCUUGUUCCGUUUUGUUCAUGUAUAUUGCAUUCAUUUCUAAGGCGAUUGGAUCUGUACACCAGCUGCACGGCACGCAUGAAUGAACUGUGCCUUUGUGCCCCACGUAGUAGUUCAGCUUUGCACAUGGGUUUUGUAGUCCGAGGUUCUUUGAAUAUUUUAAGGAGCAAGAAAGUAAAUAGGAAUCGCAACGGAAAAACACCUCAAUUGAGUAUUUAAAAGGAGCAAUUAAUCGGGCCCUUUUGUUCAUUUGUCAUGUUAAUAUCAAUAAAAUACCAUUUCGAGUUUGCUCAGCUUUUUUUAUAAUGAAAAAGAUUGAUCGUGUGUAAAAGCCUUAAGAGUUCCGUGCACCGAUUUAAGUUUGAAAAAAAAAUCCCCUUAAUGCAAGAUAAUGCAGCUUGCUGUUAUAAUAGUUUCAUUUACAGCAUUUCCCUGAGUACUGUAAGUCAAAAUUGUUUUAUUGAAUAUAUAUGUAACGGCGUGAGCAAUGUAUUUAAAUGUUCUGUGUUCAGACGAUUUAUUGCAAUGUUUGCCAUUCAAGUGUAAAUCAGCAGCUGGUAAAGCUAGAGGAUGACUACAGAGGACAACUGUAAUGGCAUAUGAGUAAUUUUAAAAGCUUCCUGUACUGGUAUAAUGUGUUUGCCAGUGAUUUGCGUCCCUAUUUAAAUAAAAUGAAUAAUUCAUUUUG